CCUUCCUCCCUCCGCCCGAGAGCUUCCCCGGUCCCCGGCGCCGCCUCCUUCCCUCCCGGCACCGUGCUCUCGCGGCCGCCGUCGCCCCGGGGAAGGAGAGACGGGGGUGGGGUUUGCGGGUAGCUAUCGAGAAGGGGAGAGACCCCGGCCAGGCAGGAGCCUGGAUUCCUGUGGAAGAAGAACAGGGGGAGGGGAAGCUGGAGGACCGGGAGGGAGAACGGGGAGCCGCGGCCGGGCCUGGGCCCUUGAGGCCCGGGGAGAGCCGCGGAGCCGGACCGGCCGCCGAGCCCGUGCGGCUCCGCCCCCGCCUCCUCCGCGGGGCGCCCUCCGCGUCCCGAACCGCGCAGUCGGAGCCGGUGAGGCGCGCGGAGCGAGACCUGUCCGUCCGCUGGCCCAGGCCGCUGUCGGCGGGCUCCUCCGUGCCCUCAUGGCUGCCUUUUCCUCAGAUGCUGAUGUUGCUGCUGGUACCUCUCUUCCUCCGCCCUCUGGGCGCUGGCGGGGCGCAGACCCCCAACGCCACCUCGGAAGGUUGCCAGAUUAUACAUCCGCCCUGGGAAGGUGGCAUCAGGUACCGUGGCUUGACUCGCGACCAGGUGAAGGCCAUCAACUUCCUGCCUGUGGACUAUGAGAUUGAAUAUGUGUGCCGGGGGGAGCGCGAGGUGGUGGGACCCAAGGUGCGUAAGUGCCUGGCCAACGGCUCCUGGACGGAUAUGGACACACCCAGCCGCUGUGUCCGAAUCUGCUCCAAGUCUUAUUUGACCCUGGAAAAUGGGAAGGUUUUCCUGACGGGUGGGGACCUCCCAGCUCUGGAUGGAGCCCGGGUGGAUUUCCGAUGUGACCCCGACUUCCAUCUGGUGGGCAGCUCCCGGAGCAUCUGUAGUCAGGGCCAGUGGAGCACCCCCAAGCCCCACUGCCAGGUGAAUCGAACGCCACACUCAGAACGGCGUGCAGUAUACAUCGGGGCGCUGUUUCCUAUGAGCGGGGGCUGGCCGGGGGGCCAGGCCUGCCAGCCCGCGGUGGAGAUGGCGCUGGAGGACGUUAACAGCCGCAGAGACAUCCUGCCGGACUACGAGCUCAAGCUUAUCCACCACGACAGCAAGUGUGACCCAGGGCAAGCCACCAAGUACUUGUACGAACUACUCUACAAUGACCCCAUCAAGAUCAUCCUCAUGCCUGGCUGCAGUUCUGUCUCCACACUUGUAGCCGAGGCUGCCCGGAUGUGGAACCUUAUUGUGCUCUCAUACGGCUCCAGCUCACCAGCCUUGUCAAACCGACAGCGGUUUCCAACGUUCUUCCGGACACAUCCAUCUGCCACACUCCACAAUCCCACCCGGGUGAAACUCUUCGAAAAGUGGGGGUGGAAGAAGAUUGCCACCAUCCAGCAGACCACCGAGGUCUUCACCUCAACGCUGGAUGACCUGGAGGAACGAGUGAAAGAGGCCGGGAUUGAGAUCACUUUCCGACAGAGUUUCUUCUCAGAUCCAGCUGUGCCUGUUAAAAACCUGAAGCGUCAAGAUGCUCGGAUCAUCGUGGGACUUUUCUAUGAGACCGAAGCCCGGAAAGUUUUUUGUGAGGUCUUUAAGGAAAAGCUCUUUGGGAAGAAGUAUGUCUGGUUCCUCAUUGGGUGGUAUGCUGACAACUGGUUCAAGACCUCUGACCCCUCAAUUAACUGUACGGUGGAAGAGAUGACUGAGGCGGUGGAGGGCCACAUCACCACGGAGAUUGUCAUGCUGAACCCUGCUAACACCCGAAGCAUUUCCAACAUGACAUCACAGGAAUUUGUGGAGAAACUAACCAAACGGCUGAAAAGACACCCCGAGGAGACUGGAGGCUUCCAGGAGGCACCACUGGCCUAUGAUGCUAUUUGGGCCUUGGCUUUGGCAUUGAACAAGACCUCCGGAGGAGGUGGCCGCUCGGGCGUGCGCCUGGAGGACUUUAACUACAACAACCAGACCAUUACAGACCAAAUCUACCGGGCCAUGAACUCCUCCUCCUUUGAGGGUGUUUCUGGCCAUGUGGUCUUUGAUGCCAGCGGCUCCCGGAUGGCAUGGACGCUUAUCGAGCAGCUUCAGGGCGGCAGCUACAAGAAGAUCGGCUACUACGACAGCACCAAGGAUGAUCUUUCCUGGUCCAAAACAGACAAGUGGAUCGGAGGGUCUCCCCCAGCUGACCAGACCUUGGUCAUCAAGACAUUCCGUUUCCUGUCACAGAAACUCUUUAUCUCCGUCUCAGUUCUCUCCAGCCUGGGCAUUGUUCUUGCUGUUGUCUGUCUGUCCUUUAACAUCUACAACUCCCACGUUCGUUAUAUCCAGAACUCCCAGCCCAACCUGAACAAUCUGACUGCUGUGGGCUGCUCACUGGCACUAGCUGCUGUCUUCCCCCUUGGGCUGGAUGGUUACCACAUAGGGAGAAGCCAGUUCCCAUUUGUCUGCCAGGCCCGCCUUUGGCUCUUGGGCUUAGGCUUUAGUCUGGGCUAUGGCUCUAUGUUCACCAAGAUCUGGUGGGUCCACACAGUCUUCACAAAGAAGGAGGAGAAGAAGGAAUGGAGGAAGACCCUAGAGCCCUGGAAACUGUACGCCACUGUAGGCCUGCUGGUGGGCAUGGAUGUCCUGACUCUUGCCAUCUGGCAGAUUGUGGACCCCUUGCACCGAACCAUUGAGACUUUUGCCAAGGAAGAACCAAAGGAAGACAUUGAUGUCUCCAUUCUGCCCCAGCUGGAGCACUGCAGCUCCAAGAAGAUGAAUACAUGGCUCGGCAUUUUCUACGGUUACAAGGGGCUGCUGCUGCUUCUGGGAAUCUUUCUUGCUUAUGAGACCAAAAGUGUGUCUACUGAAAAGAUCAAUGACCACAGGGCUGUGGGCAUGGCUAUCUACAAUGUUGCGGUCCUGUGUCUCAUCACCGCUCCUGUGACCAUGAUCCUUUCCAGCCAGCAGGACGCAGCCUUCGCCUUCGCCUCUCUGGCCAUUGUGUUCUCAUCCUACAUUACUCUGGUUGUGCUCUUUGUGCCCAAGAUGCGCCGGUUGAUCACCCGAGGCGAAUGGCAGUCUGAGGCUCAGGACACCAUGAAAACAGGUUCAUCCACCAACAACAACGAGGAAGAAAAGUCCCGACUGUUGGAGAAGGAGAACCGCGAAUUAGAAAAGAUCAUCGCCGAGAAAGAGGAGCGUGUCUCUGAACUGCGCCAUCAGCUCCAGUCUCGGCAGCAGCUUCGCUCACGGCGCCACCCCCCAACACCCCCAGACCCCUCUGGGGGCCUUCCCAGGGGACCCUCAGAGCCCCCUGACCGACUUAGCUGUGAUGGGAGUCGAGUACAUUUGCUUUACAAGUGAGGGGGUAUCGAGAAGGAUAAGGCCAGUAGGGGAGGGAAGGGUGUGGGAAGUGGGUGGGGGACUGGGAGGAGGGUAAGGACUCCUAUCUCCAACCUGGGGCUCCAAUCCCCCUCUUAUAAAUACAUGUCACUCUGUGCAUCUGGGUUUAUUUGGGUCUUCCGUACUCUGGGAAACAGAUUGUUUUCUUUCUUUCCAUAUAAUUUUAUAUCGCUACUUCACAGUUUUGUUUGAACCCUGCUUGGAGCUAUUCACUCAUGACUCCAGAGGGGCAUCUUGUGUUUUCUACCAUAGCCUGUCUUGUAUAGUUACCACAGCAACUCCUGCCAUUUCAGCAGCAGGGGGUCUUCCUACAUUAGUAGGGCUCUCUCCAUUUCUCAGCAUCAGAAUCUCCUUCCAUCAUCCUUCUCCUUCUACAUAUCCCCAUGUCUUCCUCUCCUUAAAUGUUGCUUCUUCCAGGGGCCUCAUCACACACACACACCACACACACACACACACACACACACACACACACUGUGCAUCCUCUCCUCUCCUAGGCAGCUGGAUAUGGUUCUGUGCAAGUGUGUUCUUUUCUGAAUGCUGUUAUCACUUGGGGUGUCUGCAUACGCUGCACCUCUGAAUGCUCAGUGGUUGUGGGUGUGUGCUGUGGCAGGUGUGUAUGAUGUGUUGAGCACACUAUGCUGUCUUCCUCAUGUGCACACAUGUCUAUCUAUGUUUUAUUUGUGUGCCUCUGUGCAUUGUGUAUUUUUUUCUGUGCAUUUUAGUAUUAUCAUGUGUGUGUAGUGUGUGUGUGUGUGUGUGUGUGUGUGUGUUGCCCUGACUGGUUCAUGGUGGCAGGCUUCCUGUCUCAGCCUUCUGAGUAUUGGGAUUACAGUUGCCUGCCUAGCUGAAUGUCCUGUCUUCUUCCAGCAGAGCCAUGUGCACCCAACAUGCACGUAGUUAAGCAGGCUCUCCCCGGUACAUGUUUUCUGAGCCAUCCAUACCCUCUCCUUGGCCUUAGGUUUACCCUCAAGUGUUCCCUCUCAUCUCAGGCGUCCCACCUUGGGUCUGUACAAUCGUCUCUCAGAACUACUGCAUCUUGGUUUUCUUUUCUUUAUUAUCAUUAUUAUUAUUUUUUUCAGAACUAAGGGGAAAAGAAAUGGGGACAGGUUGGAGGCUGUUUCCAGUGGAUGGUGGGUGCACAUCCUGACCAAAUGAAGGCACGGACAGAUGGACUGACGGGGCGGGAGGCGGCGUCCCUUUCACACUGUGGUAUCUCUUGUGGGAAGGAUCUCCCAGAAUCUCAAUAAAGCAGUGAACAGUGUGACUCAGCUCCUCAGCCUCUGUCCUGUGAACUGAGUGGGCUCCAGGAAGAGAGAAGCCCAGAUUCUCAGGAUUGGAGCUAAUGAAAAAAAAGCUUUGAAGCAGAGAGGUGCAAAGAACCGUGUGAUCAUUCCAUGCAGGGAUUAGCGGGGCAGAGCAAGACGAAGAGACGACGAAGGCCCCCGUUAGUGAGUGAUGGCAUUAGCGGUUAAAAGUGGGGGCUCUGGAGUCAGACCUGCACCACAUGCAGAAGUGCCCCCUAAUCUCUAUUCUCCACUUUUGUGAUUCGAUGAUAACAGUAAUGAUGAUGCGUUUCUUCUCCGUGGAGUGCACACAAGAACUAGGCUAAUGAUGCAUCCCAGUGCCUGGAUCUGCUUGGUCCACCGUAGCAGCCUCUGUUACUGCUGCCUUCUGGAUUCCCUGACAGCGGUGGGCAUGCUCUGGGAGCCUGGAGCAGGUGGCCGAGCAGAUGUGAGGAGUCUUCUUCCUCAGAAAAGAAGAAUCACAAGCAAACAGUGACUGCCAGGUUCUGGCAUAAGUGCCUCAGAACUUGAGAACCGUCCUCUAAGGAACUCUGAGCAGCUUGGGAAGAGUUUUUGAUCAAGAUGAAUGUUUGAAAAGCCCGGAGGAGAAGACUUGAGUUUUUGUAAUUCUUUAAGGUGAUGCUCCUCUUGCUGCAUGGAAGCUUUAAGGGUUGGAUGGGCUCCAUCAUUUCACUGUCCUGUUUGUGGCAGGUUAGAUCUUAAGCCUCCUUUCAAAACAACCCGUAGUGAUUAUCCACGUUGGAGCAAUUGGAUUUAAUUUGAGUUCCCCUUCUUCCUGCAGUGAACUCUUCUCAAAGAAAGGAGAGGCCUGUGGGGUAGAGAAACCCGAAGUGUAGAAAUUAACAGUCGGCUUUAGACACUACGGCCGUAGUCACAAACCAGCCCCUGGGUAGACCAAAGUUACAUCCUAAACCAGUGUUGCACUUAGGCGGGCAGUGAAUAGUCAAAGUUUAGAAGUCCCACAAUAGCCAAGGGUGAGGCAGACUAUAUGGCAAGAGAACGCAAUAACCCCAAGUAGCAGAGUUGAGAGAAGUGCUUGAUGCGGAGGUCUGAGGGAGCUAUUGGUCCCUGGGCUCAGCGGGGCUGACUGUACCUGCAGCUUUGCCUCAGGCAGUAUAUCCUGCCCUCUUGACUACCUGCUAGUCCUCAUGCUCUGUCACACACUUAAGGUCUUCCUCAUCUCUGCCCCAGCCCCAGCCACUAGAGCUUCCUGCUGUGUGACUGUUAUCUUUGAAAUUCACUUAACAUAGGGUUUCACCUCUAUGGCCCAGGCUAGCCUCACCUUCACCGUAUAGUUCAUGCUAUCCUUGAACUGUCCUCUUGCCGAGACUUCUCAAGUCCUUGUGUUAUAGGUUGUACUACCAUGCCUGUUAACGGGUAGAGUGUUUUGUUUUGUUUCAGUACAGGGUCUUGUCGUAUAGCUGGUAUGUGGUACUUACUGUAUAGCCCAAGCUGGUCUUGAACUCUUGGUAGUCUUCUUGCUUCAGCCUUUCAAGUAUUGGGUUUCAGGUGUUAAACAUUGUGCCUGGCGGCAGAAUUUCAGUUUAUUUUCUAGAGGGGGAGGGCUUGUUAUGCAGCUCUGGCUGGGUAGUCUAGGAUGGAAUGUACAGAAGUCCUGCAGCCUCCCUAGGGAUUACAGUCAUGAGCAUCUGGCUCAGUUAGGAAGUGCUGACUAAAUGAGUCAGUUACUAUGGCAGGAUGUACUUACUUCUAGGAACUGGGAAAGAGAAGUGAGCAAGAUGGCCUCUAUAAGAGGGAAGGGAGAGAGACACAGACCCCCUCAGGACAGUCUUAUGGAAUGGGUUUGCAUGCUCAUUACCUGGCCAGGAGCCCACAACCAGGGUCGAGGAACGUUGUCAGCAGUAGGGAGUGAAGCCAAUGUCCAGACUGUGCACAGACUACUGUGUAGUCUAGUACCCACAACAACCUAACAACAGCAACAUCUUUGUUUCUAUGGGAUAGGUGUUAAAUAGGCUACAACGCAAGGAGUCCACACUAUACAAUGGCCUGCAGGUUUGAGAGCAAUUAAAUAACCUCUAGAAGCAGCUGACUAUAAUUUGCCUCGUGCUCUAGCAGAGGCAUGGUUUUGCCAGAACAGCUGAAGCAGAGGUAACAAGCGAACUCUGGUAGAACCUACUGCAAGGUGCAUAUGUGGACUGCAUAAAGCUCAAACUUUUUUUUUAAUUUUUUUUGCCUUGAUAUGUUUUCUCCCACGGACAAAAUAAGCCAAUUCAGGUUUAUUGGGGGCAGCUCUCAUGUGGGAAAAGCUGGGUACAGAGAGGGAGGGGAAGGGAGAGAAGAAGGAAAGGAGAGAGAGAAUAUGAAUAUGAACCAAAAUGUCUGGAUUGUAUAGUGAAGAACCCAGACCCAGGGCUGGAAAGUUCAGGACAGAGCGCAGGAUAUGCCAGCCACGCCCUGUAACAGGUAGGGACUGAGGGAUGCUGGGGAGAACCUGGAGGCCAGGACUGCUUUGGUAUGCUAAAUAGACACCUUGGCUUGCUUGUCUCAGGACUGAAACCCUACAUAACUUACGAUUACUGGGCUCACCAUGCAAAGGGGAGAGAGUAUUACGGAAUGGAUUUUCUUAGCACGCACGCGCGCGCGCGCACACACACACACACACACACAAAGACAUAGAAAGGGUUUCUGAUCUAAUCGUAAAAGGUAGAAUAAGAUUAUGUCAAUUAUCAAGAACAGACCCAGCAGAAUUUUGGGAACUUUUCAGAGGGUGUAUAAAUGCUAGUGCUUCCAGAGGCGGGGUUGAUUGGUUGUCAUUGGCCAUUUAGUGGAGUUGGCUGCAGUCUGUUAGUAAUUGUGUUCCAAGAAGAAGUGGGGGGAAAAAGAAGAUAGAUCUAGGGACCUCUUUCCUUUCCUGUAUCCCCUCUAUCCUGGUUUCCUUCCUGUUUAGUAUUAGGGAGUUAAGAGGGUGGAGAAGGAUGGAAGAAGAACCCACAAAGUGGUAAAGACCAGCUACACACAUGCUUUUGUGAAAACUAGUAAUGAACACAGAGGCUGGGGGGCAGAGCGGGGGUGGUGGUGGUGGUGGUGGUGGUGGUGGUGGUGGAGGAGAGGAUGACUAUACAAGUUAGUCUACGCAAAGGAGAUGAAUUUUAUUUCUGAGUGAGCUGGUGGAGGGGAAAGGUGUUUGAGGAAGGAGAUCAGGGAAAGUGGUAAAUACCGGCUUGUGAAUUAAAAUUUGUUAUGUUGAUUUAAGUAAGUGCCCUCUUCUCUGCUGAGAACGAGGCCUUUUUAAAUGCAAAUUUUCUUUUGAAAAGGAAAUUUUGUUCCCAGCUGGGCAGCAUCCCUGGGGGAGUUGAUUUUCCUGUAGCCUUUAGCUCCAAGUAAUUGCUAGAGGCCUGUGUUAAAGCCUGGAGCUGUGCAGGGUGUGGUGACUGCCUUUAAUCUCUGAAGUCAGAAGCUGGAGGCGCCCUUGAGUUUCAGACCAGCCAGGGCAACCUGGUGAGACUGUCUCAAAAAUCAAAUACUGUAAGGAUCCAAAAAAUCCCCGAAGGAAGACCUCAGACUCAGUAUGCAAAAACAAAGAGUGUUUAUUCCUUAGAAACAACCAGCAUGUGAGGGUCAGUCAUUCUUUGAAAUGGCGACCCCAGACAUAGGCACGCAGGCCUUCUUAUAGGGAACCAGGGCAACACUCUAGAAGGAUUAGGUAAACUAAAAUUUCAUUGGUAGGUGCUAAGGGAUUCACGGGUGGUCAGUGGUCUGUAUUCCUAUGUCAUGAAUGUUUGUUUAGCCAUGUGAUGAAAUAGGGCUGCCUAGUGCAAACCGCACAUUCUGAGAUAUUUCUCCCAGGCUGUUCCCUGGGAGGGAGUUAUAUGAUCUUGUUCUAGAUUUUCUGGUCUGUCCUUGGAACUGGCCACUUAUGGCCUUUUUUCUUGAAAUCAGGCCUGGUCCUUAAGUGGAGACAAAUGGGACUUAUGUUGUCCUUACAAUACAAAUAUAAAAAUAAAGCUGUGUGUUUUGAGGAAUUAUUCCACUACAGGUUUAGGGUACUGGUUAACUGUGCACAGUAAGAGGCUAGCUUUGCUGGGGACUAGCUUUGCUAGUGAACUGAUGGUCAGAAAGGACAUGCGGGUGUAGCCCUGAGCUUCCACACUAAUGUCUCUGACUCCUGUGGUAUUCACAGGUAUCUGCUAAGUUUUGUAAGGGUCAAUGAUUCGAAGAAGAAUGACAUCCCAGACUCAAAUAGUAUGUAAACACAGAGCGUUUUUUUCUGCAUAAGUCCAGUGUGCUGCGGGUCUCCCAUUACCACACUAGGGAGAAAACCAAGUGAGCUUGCAGGCCUGAUUUAAAGGACAUUAGGGAAUUCUGGGGUAGGUGACCUCUAUGUUGAUCUGUGGGGUCCAUCUCUAUUACCCCGGUGUGGGGACUGAAACCUUGCUGGGGAGGUCUGGUAACUGCUGCUGACCCAUUUGUCCUUGCCUCAGGCCAGGUGGCGGGGCAGCUUCUGAUGUCUGGAAUUGCCCAGUUCUUGGAAACAGAUUUAGGUCUAGUCUCCAUAACUGCCAGUUUGAAGCCCGUCAUGGAAUCAGCCUGGCCCUCUCAGUGCUGACUCUCUGGAAACCCUAACUACUGAAGGUUGGAAACUAAAGCAAUCUUUAUUUAAUAAUCUUUGGUUCCUUGACUUUUCUAAGUCCCAUCUUGAUGUACAUUAUGCAUAGUUCUCUCUACACAGCUCAGGCCCCAGUCUCUCCUCAGAUAAUCCUGAUUCUCAAGUCAGCAGAUAUUUCAAAUAUUCUCUCUGCUGUGGGACAGAUUUCCAGAAAACAAUGUCUGCUCUGCCCUGUGGAGAACACAGGGUUCCUUCUGAGGGUUCUUGGUCUUACAGAUAAAAAGGAUUUAAGAGGGAACUUAGAAGAAUACUUGACAAUUUGGAGUUUGGGGGUGGGGGAAGAAAAGACAGGCAAGCCUGAAAUUUCAGCUAUUGCCUAGAGGAGAGAGCUGGCCAAAGGAGGGAGAGUUAGGCUGUCUAGAUCGAUAUCUAACAAGCAUGGGUUCGGUAGAGGAUGUUUGAGCACCUGUAUGGGAGGUGUGCUAUGUAGGUGUGGCUCUCCAGAGACAGAAACUGUAAGGGCAAGAAGUUUAGGAUUUUGGCUGGCUAAUAACCAAGAAAGGGGAGACAGAGGUCAAAAAGAGAAGUUACAUUUUCUUAGGGCACAGAAAAGCAGGAAGGGUUAGCAACGAGGAUUUAAAGUUAAACUACAUGGAGAGAAGGGAUUCUAGGGUACAUAUCUCAUUUAGAGGGUAGGUAGUCUUUUCAUCUUAACAUGUCUUUAAGUAGGACAGCAUUCCUGAGGGGCAGCUUCCUAUCCUGGUGACUGAUAGUUCUAUUUGGGUUAGCAUCUAAGACAGGGGCCUAUACUGUGCUUUUGUGAUCUUACACUGUUUUUCGCCAUUCCAAUAAAACUUUACAAAAACAG